UGCCUGACUGACUGAACCGGCCGGCCCAGCCGGCAGACCCGCUCCCUCCCUCGCGUCCCCACAGCUCGCGCCCAUCGUUCUCCCGGCUCCCCGGGGCCAAGCAUGUAGCCCGCGUCGGGCAAUCCCGGCGGCCCGCAGCUGACGCCCUCCCUCCCUUCUUCCCCGCCCCCGUCGCCGUCGCGUGUGCCGGGUGCGCAGCGCGGGCGACCCCGCGGCGGGCAAGAGGCCCGGCCAAGCCAGCGGCCUGCCCCGCCGCCGCCGCCGGAGCCCGCCCCUCGGGCCUCCUUCCCGCCCCGUCCCGCUCGCCCUCCUCGGGGGCCUUCUAUAUGGGCCACCUUCUCUCGAAGGAGCCGCGUAACCGCCCGAGCCAGAAGAAGCCUCGCUGCUGCAGCUGGUGUCGCCGCCGGCGCCCUCUCCUCAGACUGCCCCGCCGGACUCCGGCGAAGGCGACCCCGCAGCCCGCGGCGCCCCGGAGCCGGGACUGCUUUUUCCGCGGGCCCUGCAUGCUCUGCUUCAUCGUGCACAGCCCCGGCGCGCCCGCCCCCGCCGGCCUAGAGGAGGAGCUGCCGCUCUCGCCGCCGCCGCCGCCGCCGCGGGACGGGGCCUACGCCGCCACUGCCGCCGCCGCCUCCUCGCAGCACCUGGCACGGCGCUACGCGGCCCUGGCCGCCGAGGACUGUGCCGCCGCCGCCCGCCGCUUCCUGCUGUCCUCGGCCGCCGCUGCCGCUGCCGCCGCCGCCGCCUCCUCUUCGCCCGCGUCCUGCUGCAAGGAGUUGGGGCUGGCCGCCGCCGCCUGGGAGCAGCAGGGCCCGGGCCUUUUCCUGGCCAGCGUCGGGCCGGUGCGCUUCCUGGGACCGUCGGCCGCCGUGCAGCUCUUCCGGGGGCCGCUGUCGCCGCCGCCGCAGGCCGAGUCCCCUACGGUCCUCGAGAUGGUUUGCAAGCGGAAGGGGACCGGGGUCCCCGCCUGCACCCCUUGCAAGCAGCCCCGCUGCGGUGGCGGCGGCGGCGGCGGGGGCUGCGGCGGUGGGGGCGGUGGCGGGGGAGGGCCGGCGGGGGGAGGGGCCUCGCCGCCACGGCCGCCCGAUGCCGGCUGCUGCCAGGCCCCGGAGCAGCCUCCGCCGCCGCCGCCGCCGCCGCUGCCGCUCUGCCCCGCGCCCGCCUCUCCCGCCUCCGAGUGUGCCCCCAUCGAGGCCGCCGGGGACGCCGUCCGUGCUGGGGGCACCGCCCCCUCGUCCACCCAGCAGCAGCAGCAGCAGCAACAGCAGCCAGAAAGUGGCGACGCGGACUGUCAGGAGCCCCACGGAAACCCCUGCGACUGUCACAGGGAGCCGCCCCCCGAAAUCCCAGACAUCAACCAACUGCCGCCGUCCAUCCUGCUUAAGAUAUUUUCCAAUUUGUCCCUGGAUGAACGUUGCCUUUCUGCAUCAUUGGUCUGCAAGUACUGGCGUGACCUUUGUUUGGAUUUCCAGUUCUGGAAGCAGCUGGAUCUUAGCAGUCGUCAGCAGGUUACUGAUGAAUUAUUGGAAAAAAUUGCAUCGAGAAGUCAGAAUAUAAUUGAAAUCAACAUUUCUGAUUGUCGCAGUAUGUCUGACACUGGCGUGUGUGUCUUAGCAUUUAAGUGUCCUGGACUUCUUAGGUAUACAGCCUACAGGUGUAAACAGCUUUCCGACACCUCCAUUAUUGCAGUUGCCUCUCACUGUCCUUUACUGCAGAAAGUUCACGUAGGCAACCAGGACAAACUUACUGAUGAAGGACUCAAGCAGCUGGGCUCAAAAUGCAGAGAACUCAAAGACAUUCACUUUGGCCAGUGUUACAAGAUCUCAGAUGAAGGCAUGAUUGUCAUAGCUAAGGGCUGCCUGAAGUUACAAAGAAUAUACAUGCAGGAAAACAAAUUGGUGACAGACCAGUCAGUGAAGGCAUUUGCCGAGCACUGCCCUGAACUCCAGUAUGUUGGCUUCAUGGGUUGUUCAGUUACUUCCAAAGGAGUCAUUCACCUAACCAAGCUGAGAAACCUUUCCAGUUUGGAUCUCCGUCAUAUCACUGAACUGGACAAUGAAACUGUGAUGGAAAUCGUCAAGAGGUGCAAAAAUCUUAGCUCUCUGAACCUCUGUCUGAACUGGAUCAUAAAUGACAGGUGUGUGGAGGUCAUUGCAAAGGAGGGACAAAACCUGAAAGAGCUGUACUUGGUGUCCUGUAAAAUCACUGAUUAUGCACUGAUCGCCAUUGGGCGAUACAGCGUGACUAUAGAGACGGUGGACGUUGGAUGGUGUAAAGAAAUCACAGAUCAAGGAGCCACCCUGAUUGCACAGAGCAGCAAAUCCCUGAGAUACUUGGGACUGAUGAGAUGUGAUAAAGUGAACGAGGUGACGGUUGAGCAGCUGGUGCAGCAGUACCCCCACAUCACCUUCAGCACCGUUCUGCAGGACUGCAAGAGGACCUUGGAGAGAGCCUACCAGAUGGGCUGGACCCCCAACAUGUCUGCUGCUUCCUCCUGAGCAGGGCAGAGCAGUGGGGGGCGGGGCUGGGGUAACGGUUUUAACCACCACCUGUCUGUCUGGACCCGUGUUCUAUUUGUGUCUUGUUUGCAUACUGCAUAGCAUAAGUGCACUUGUUAUGUCCCCAGGUGAGCUGCCUUGUGUUCCUAAAAAUGGAAGAUUAUGAAAACCAUAAAAACUUUUUUUUUAAUCCAAAAGUUUAUUUCUCUAAAAAAAAGACUUUGUGAAAUCUCAAGUCAGAAAACUGGGUGUAUUAUUUUGAGUGUCUAAGUUCUGCCACAUCUUGGAGAUGCUCAGCCAAAGGCUUUCUUUUGUGAUGGAAUACGCUGUUCACUUCCGAUUAUACCAGAACAGGAGACAAACCUGCAGUUCCACACUCGUGGACCCUCAUGUCUGUGCACGUAUGCUCAGUGAAUGUCUUGAUAAGUUAUAUCCUGACUGAGGCACCUUCCUGGAAGCCAUGGGGGGAGCAUGCCAUUCCCAGUGGUAAUGACUGACUCGCUGUGCCCACAGGUGGUCAACUUGCUGUCUUGUGGGUACCUUAGGAACUAGAGAGAAUAAAUAAAGCCUUUUGUAAAUUUGUAUAUGGAGGCAACAAUCCCUGGCCAGCUCACAAAAGUUAAUUAUUCAUUAUUCUGUAAAUGCUUUUCUGUUGAGUAAUAAAUAUUUUAGUUGGUUUUACAUUGACACCUUGUUAGCUUUUACUUUGUGGGUAGUUAUUGGCCAGGGUAUAUUUUAGUGACAUUUGGGGCUCAUCUUAACAUUAUCCACAUUGAAGCCACGAAUGUAAUUAAUGGUGUGCAGUUAUUUUAAAAAUUUUAGAGAUCAUUUCAUUAUUUUGGCAAUAUUGGUAAUUAUGAAAAUAUAUUCUGAGGUGGAGUAGUCACAUUGGUAGAAGAUUAAUGAAUGAGAUGUAAGUAGACAAUCUUCCUAUUGAAUAUUUCUUUUGCAUUGGGAUUUAGAACAGGUUUUGGAUAUAUGCAUGUUAUAAUUUUGAAUAGUUCUCACGCUGCUGCAGAGAUCUACUGUUAGCUAAUAUAUGAGUUAAGGAGAGAGGUAGAAAAUCUGUUCAUUAAGAUUCUGUUUGCACUUGCCAGAAAUAAGUAUUUUAGUUUAAUUAAAUAUUCCCAGCAUUUAGUUCUCUCAGUUGCUAUCAGAAAAUGAGUAUAUGUUUGAUUUCACACAUCCUUCCAGUUAAUCCAUUGUAGGGACUUGGGCUCCAGUAACCUCUCCUGUGUCUGCUCUAUAAUCAGGCGGCAGGGAGCCUCUUCAAGCUAAAGAGUGAUUAACUUUCAUGGUAGGAGAAGCAAAACCUUGACCUUUGAACUUGCUAUUUAUUCUCCCCUCGUGUAGUCUUUGGUCUUUGACAAUUACAAUGAGGUCUGACUUUAUUUCCUAUAAAUCCCGAUGCUCCUGAAGUGAUACGAGCUCUGAAUGCCAUUCACAGACGAGAACUACUUUCCUGUAGGAAUGGUGGUUUCCUUCGAAUAUGUCAACAUGCUUCUGAUGUGGCAUUUUCUUUUUUUUGCUUUAAUUCCAAUCAGUUAAAAAUAAAUACUGAGCAAGUAUCAGGAAUUUUUUUUUCAACAGCCAAACAGGUUGCUAGUUUAGUUUGAAAGAAACACAAAUUGUUUAAGAAAAAGUUGUUUACCACUAGAAAACUACAUUUCUUCUUAUACAUUGAACUAUAUCAUUUUGUAUCCAUUUCUCCGCUACUAAAAAUGUUAUUUCAUAAUAUUUUAACUGCUUUUUAACCCAAAAGUAAUUUAUAAGACUAUGUGCAUAGUAAUAGUAGCUUGAAUGAAUAAACAAAAGUUUAAUUUUUAUAUGUCACAUUAUAUUUUAAAGAGCUACAAAAGGACAAAAGAAGGAAAAGUCAUCUUUGAUAUAGAUGGCAUGAUUUCAGUUCAAAGUUGAGAUCAUCUUUGGAGUUUUCUGGUGAAGUCGUCAGUGGUUUCAGAGGGUAGAAUGAAUUCUGUAAAUGUUACAUUCUUUGAUGCUGAAGCCCAGCACUCUAACACGCUUUAGCUUGGGGGUGGGGGCUGCACUUACUCUCUAAGAUGCUGAUAAUACAGAAAAGCUGUGCAACAGAACUGGGAAGCUGCUUUGGCUCAUUUAUAGAACUCUGUAGAAGUAUCAUAUCCAGCCUCAAAGUAUUAAUCUCAUAGAAACAAACAAAAAAACAGCCAAGAAAAGCAUCACCUCAGUGACCCUGUGGAGAGUGUUGAAUGUGCUCUCAUUAGACGCUUUGAAAUGAGGCUUAAAAUACUUUUUCUGGGCAAUAUAGUUCCUUUUUUGCUUAGACUGUCAUAAAUACAUGUGAACACAUUUAAUGCGGGGCUUUUUAUCCUCUCCAAAUGUCAACAAUACUUUCAGAAUAAAGCCUAUGAAAUAUAUUGCUGCAGUGGAAAAGUCUGAUCCUUUGUAUUUAAUGUCCUUUUGAGUGGAUAAAGAAAAUUCACCCAGUUUGUAGUUUCUAUAUUUCUGUGAAUCUUUUGACCUUGCAAUGGGUUGCAAUAAAAGAGAA